AUGGAUUUAGACGAUAGUGUUCGAAAAUUACUCAGACUUGGUUUCGAGAAUGAACAAGAUGUUCGCGCCGCACUUAAAAGAACGAAUUUGGACGUUAACCAGGCUAUUACUUUGUUGUUGACGAAGCGCGGUUCAGGAUGUGUGGGGACCCUCGAUGCAAGUACUAUCGCUACCGUUGACCAAAGCUGCCCUUCACCUGGUUCGGAUGUGUCACAAAUCGGAGGACCCUAUUUGACUGUCGAAGAAAGACCUCCGAUUGUUGGUCAUGACUUGUGCAUAGAAUUUUCCACCGCCGAAUUCAAUUGCCUUCAGUCCCGAGUGUACACCGAUCAAUGGGAUAUUCCAUGUCUUCGGAAUCAGCCAUUGGGAAAGUGUAUUAUGGGCUCAAUUCAUAUGCUUCGUAGUGUGGGGCUACAAGCGCUGGAAGACAACUCAGAUUGUCGACAAUUUGUCUACAUCUGUCUCUCGGACUGUGUGACGAAACUAUUGAAUUCCCAGGCUGUGUUCAACUGGGACCGCGAGACAUUGGAAGGUGUGCACAACAUGCUGGAACUUGCCGUUCGCUUGAUUUGUGAAUACCUGGCUGCCUUCCAACGGACUCUCCAAAGCAGUAUGUCGGCUGGCAGCACUGCGAUAGAUGGGGGUCUGGCUCCAUCCGGCUGUGACGAAGCCGUGACAACCAAGCUCGGUUUGACCACUCCCCGAUCAGCCCCAGCAUUUACAGAUUGGGCUUUGCACCUGUUAGCGCUCAUUUUCGAUUGCGAAGCGAAUUAUCAUCAACUUUGCCGGGACCGGAGUGGCAGUUCAGGAAACUACGCUGACCCGUUUAAUGAUUGGACUAGCAUUUGCCAACGUCGGACGACUGGAAGUCAGGCAGUGUAUGCCGAAAUGCUGCCAUCACCGCGUAACUUUUAUCUCGUCAAUUUGGUGAACUGUUUCGGUUACUUCGAUGGUUUUCGUUUGCUUCAUUGGCUAGGCACGCAGCGCUGGGCGAAUAUCUCUCUCAUGGCAUCCGUUCUAUCGCCGUUGGUCCACUGUGCCGAUUACCUGUCUGCCUACACACUGCGAAACGAACGUGGGCUCGCUUUGAUGGAGCGGGCCUUAUGGCGCUUGUCGAACCUGAGCGAAGAUGACUUUAAAGAACGUGAUUCCAAGGUGUUUGAUCUAAUGACCGGUCUGCGGGUGCUCACAUACCGGCUUAUCGACUUGGAUCUUACCGGGUGUUUGCCCUUCCUAACGCGCUCCGGUGCAACAAGCGGUUAUCAGUGCCCGGUGGAGCCUGACUGGGAAUCAUUUGAACCGAGCGUGACAACAUCCUCCUCCUCCUCCAAUGGCACUUCACCGUCGUUCGCAAUAACUCAAGUAGACAAGCUUCAUUGCACUUUGCUCCUAUCUGCCUUGUCACCUCCUCAGGGCGCAGCAAGGGCCAGUUUCAACGGCCGGAUGCUUGCAAUGCGCAAUCUAGUUGAACAGCUAGAGGCUGCCAAGUUGUCCGCAGACAUUGAACCGAUGCAGACACGCAGUGAGGGACGCGGACAUGGUAUGCGGCGUGUACCCUUCAGCCAAUCCUCCUCGGCUACGCUUCUGGCAUCGGAAAAUGCCACUUUCUUGCUACGUCGAAAUCGUCGCCGGGCCAUCCGUUUCGAAUUUUUGAUGACUUGGUUUCGAGAAAGCGAAGUGAUAUUGAAGUCAAUGCAUAACUUGGAUAACACAGCCUACAUGACCACAUUAGGACAAUUGUUCCGACUGCUGGGGGAACGCAUAACUCCGGAAGAUAUUACGACUGUUUGGAAUCGAACCACAAAUCAACCAGGCGCUGCGAUGGAUAAUGUGCUCACUCUGAUCACGGAUGUCGCCUCUAGCCGAUUUAUUCAGCCUCAACUACAUCAUUUGUUCCACUUGGUCAACCAGAGCUGGUUGCAUUUGAACCAUCAGGCUCAUUGCCAGUUAUCUUCAGCCAAGAGCGGCCAACCAAUAACCUGCUCGGUGAUCAGUGCGUCGACUGAGGCUUCUCACAUACGUCAUGCACGAGCCCGAAUUUUAAGCCUAAUCGGUCGCAUCGGGAUUAGCACCAGAGAGGCGUGGAAAGUGGACGCUUGCGUUCAACUACUCUGGGAUUUGUCUAAUGGUACUUACUCCUUACACUCCAGUGACGCAGGGCAUCACUUGAAAUCCAUCAGUACACACGUAUCUGCGGCGGAUAAGCACUCCGCCGUGUCGGAACGUAUUAGCGCUGCGGCUCGCGAGUACAAACAUCCUGAACCCAUCGAGGCAGCUCUCGCGCAACAGCUGGUGAUUCUCCGAGAAUUUCGAUGCUCCGGGAAUGAGCAACGGUUGCGCGCGGUGCGUUGGCUCAAGUCUGCUAUCGAUAACAUUAGCCAUAAUUCUCUGACCUACUUUAUGCUGGCCUACGUGAAAUCCUUGUUGGAACUGAUCUUGCGGAACUUUGUUGGCCGUACCAAACGCGAUUAUUUGAAUGAGCUUAUCCGGACACACGAUCUAAUCGGGCAGGUUAUUUCUUCUUUACUUCGAUAUGAGCAAUGGGCAAUGCGUUCACAUGGAGAUCUACUUAGCUCAGACAGCUUGGACGAGCUUGGAUUUCGACAUGCCGAUGUGAUCAAGCGACACUUUGAUCUGCUUCACUAUCUGUUGCGUAACGCCGAGAUCAGUUUGAGUGUAGAGCGAGCAAAAGCGUUAUGGGAGAACCUGAUUGCCCACUCGCAUGUGACAGCCUGUGAUCGUGAGCAAUGUUUUAGGUGGUUUACCGUCAGUCUCAACCACCUGGAGCCGGAGACUCAAACGAUGUUGUUCACGAAAAUGGUGCUGAAAUCAAACCCUGCCCUAUUUCGAUCGUAUGCCGGCUUCGAGUUCUUCAAAGCAUUGUUUGAAAAAGUGAAUUUACAUGAGGGACGCAUGAAACAGGUGACCAAAACAUGGCACGUGGAAAAGCCUGAUUUGAUCGGUUUGGAUUUCCUAUGGGAUCUUUACUUGGCGCUACCAUCGUCCGAUGCGAGUUUGGACGGUGUACACAUGAACCCUGGGUCAACUGCUGCACAAAGGGUAGCCGACCACAGGCACUUCGGCUCUCCUAUUGACGCACGUGCUCUUACAAACGGUGCUGCGGAGCGUCCUACCGCAGGUGGGACGGUUGUAUCGACCAAUCAAACCGAUCCUUCGGAAUAUCCCACCGGGGGUGUGGAGCCUAACGCAGUCCAGUUGGCACGUCAGUUGUUGCUAGAUGUGCACUGGGGGCAACUUGCACCUCGCCUGAGACGUGAUCCUGAGGGCUGUUAUCGCAGAUUCUUCGACUCCUGCCGCAGACGCUUGGAAUGCAACUUGGCAGUCGGCCGAGGUCCUGCUCCAGAACGUGGCAUCCAAUCCGCGCUGGCUGAUACUGGGCGGUUAUUGGCAGCUAUGGUCGUUGGCCCCGGACAAGCCCGUCGCGCAACCCAUUGUAGUCAGACCGCAGCUCGAUUGGCUUUGCGUCGACUGCUGGGCCUGGUGUACGCUUACAUACAAACGGUCGAGGACGAAUUAUUCGGAGCUCGAUCCCAGCACUCCAACUGGCGUCCACAUGGUGCCACGUAUCGUGGUUGGGAGAUGCAGCUACCGCUUCAAGUGGAGACUCUCAAACCGGGUCAAAUCAAUCCGGUACCGGUGACCUCCACAGAUGGAAGACUGAAAUCCCGCUCCACUUUCGCACCGUUCAUCGGUCCGGCUCCAGUCGGUGGUGGAAUCUUGGACUCUUCGUCGUCAUCACACACAGUACCGCUUUUAAUCCACUCCAAUGAAAUGCUCGGCUCCGUUCGUGAACGAGCGAACCUGAUUGCAACCGCUCUUCUGUUUGCGAAUCGCACUUCACAGGAUCAGUGCGGUGCUGGUUCAAGCGCUGAAUGUACUAACUGGACUACCUCUGCGCUUUACCUGGGGCCGUCACAUUUCCAUGCGAAUGGACUCGUUUGUGCACCUGGAGAAAAACCUGAUAAAUCAGAGCCGUACUCUCCCUUCGAGGCUGCAAGCGCUGCAGUGGACGACAAGUGCCCACUGGGCGAAAGGUCGCACUCGAAGCUCCUCCUGGAAGCAGUGCAAAAUCGUAAAACCGUCGGAGAUAUUGGGUUUGAAACUGGACGCGUGCUAACGGUUCGACUCGUUUAUGGCCUUGGUAGUCGUGUCAACAGCCGUGCUGGGAGAAUCAGCGUCGCCUCACAUAUGGGGGCUUCAUCAUUAAUGCUUUCAUUGGGCUCUGCAGGCCCGAGUGUAACUUCUUUCGUCUCAAGGAAUCCGUCGGACGCCGAUUUAGUCAAUCGAGCCAGUGCCGCCCUAAAUGCCACGGCGCCAACACAGCGUUCUCGUCAUCCGAUCAGCCACAUGGCAGACACUUUCAUGUCCGCAUUAUCUCUUCGAAAGUCGAAGGAGUCCAGCUCAGUGGCAACCAAUUUGGGCUCAUCUACCAACAGUUUGUCUACUGCACUUUCUGUCCCUCGCGGCCCAUCACUGACAAGUUUGAGCUCUUCACUACUUCCUAGUUCCAGCGUAGCUGCCAUGUCUUCCACGGACCUGACCGCCAUUACAGGUCUCGCACCCGCAACAGUGCCAGGUCAUAGCCUGCCCAGCAUAUACUUGGGUGAGGACGCUGGCGUUUACGAGUUACUUAUAAACUUGGCUGAAUCGGAGUUGACACUAUCGCUUCCGACUUCGAGGAGUUCCUCGACCGAGCAUAAGAAAUUACGCAGUUCGGUCACUAUACAACCCAUCGGGCCAAGUCUUCUACCGUCCUUCAGUCUAAUUCAUCCCGUACGUCUCUUGCUGGCCACCUUGCCUACGUACAAGUCCGCUUCAAUCUCCCUCUCUGGUAAUCACCUGCAGCAAAGUCUGUUUUGCAGUCCAUCCAACCUACUGAAAUCGAGUCCGUUCCGUACCUUGUAUAAGCUCCAGAUGCUGAGCUCACAUCUAAUCCCAGUGGAUAAAACCGCUUGGUGGGAUAUCUUCCCAGGUUGCUUGUUAUCGCCGCCCUCACAGUUGUACUUCGCCACCGCGGUGUUUUCCAAUUCCGCUAUACCAUCUGGCAGAACCUCACGAUCUAGUGUGACUUCACAGUCUGCACGCGCGAUCAGCCAAUUAAACCAGUUGGUCUACGAAGGCGAUUCGCCACGAAGCUGUCUGUCCCCGACGCCAACAGAUACGAAAAUUUUCUUGUCCACCGAUCUCCUUGGUGCCGAAGUAAUUCAAUCAAAACUGUGCAGCACCUCAGCCCCGUCUUCUCCUAUUUUACGUCGGAGACGAAAUUUUCCCACUCCAAUCGCAACUACCGGUUCUAAAACACCAACCACAUCACGGUCUUCGCGUAAAAACAAAUCGGCACUCCAGUCAGCUGCCAGCCUUGUCGCGGAAGUCUCCCCCAGGAGAAUUCUUGGAACCACUUGUUCAGCUACUUCACCGGCACUCUUCUACAGAGUAUCAAGAAUUCUCCUCGCUCCCUCGAUUGAGUGCACGCGCCUCAGCCGACUGCUUGAAGACUCAAUUCAAUAA